AUGUCAAGCACCGACUAUUAUGGAGGAUUGCCGUACAGAAUUCAAAGACAUGCAGCCAAUAUAAGAGAAAGGAAAAGGAUGCUGAGGUCUGCUAUUGGACCCACCGGUUUAGCUGAUCGAUAUGGGCUUAACUCUAGCCGAACUCAUCAACUUCCUGAUUCUUCUUCAUCGCCAGUAAACUUUCAUUACGGUGGAUAUGGUGGUAAUGCCGGAGGAGAAUUGUCAGAAGAUGAAGUAUCAGAUUUGCCAAGUUGUGCGUUCGCAACAAGAUCUACAACAGUGCAGCAUCACUACCUUACAUCUCUGCAUCAUCCAGCAGAAAGUUCACAAUGUCCUGGAAGCUCUGCUAUGUCAAGCACCGACUAUUAUGGAGGAUUGCCGUACAGAAUUCAAAGACAUGCAGCCAAUAUAAGAGAAAGGAAAAGGAUGCUGAGGUCUGCUAUUGGACCCACCGGCAGUAUAAACUCCGCUUUUGACGAACUGCGUAUGCAUGUUCCCACAUUUCCCUACGAAAAGCGACUAAGUAAAAUCGACACCCUUCGAUUGGCUAUAGCCUACAUAGCCCUUCUGAGAGAAGUCUUGACCGCCGACUGUGAUCCAUUAACUUAUGUCGAGAAAUGUUUAAGGGGUGAAAUUAAAGCAGACAGGGCUCAUUGGAAUACAAGUGAUUUAACGGCCCGACUGUCAUGGAUAAACUGGGAAAACCUGGGAGUGAACCCAGGAAGAAGAAGUACUUUAAAUGCUUUAGGUUUAACGGCAGAUAGUUUAAACCAUUAAUUUAAAAACAUAAUCGAUAUUCAAAAUGCAUGUAAAAAAAUUGUAACUGUGAUGUAAAUGCAACCCUAUUAUGUAAGUGCAAUACAUUCCUGUAAUAGCUGAUAAAUAAAUACAUACAUACAUA